AUGAUGUCUGCUUCUGCCGCCUUGCCCAGCGCAGACAGCGCCCCUCCUUCUGGCCCCGUGCAUCUAAAUACAAGGGUGGGCCCGCCGCUCACACGAGAAUUGUCGCUCUACAAUGGUAUAUCGAAUCGGUCACGCGGUUGGAAGACGAGAAAGUCCGAGAGAGCCAUGGAGCCAUCGUCAAGUAAUCCCUGUGUCAUGAGGUGGGAUGGCGCCUCGAGGUCGAGUGCAACCUGGGACAACUUGAGACGGGAUCCCGAACUAUGGUUCCGGCACGGAAAUUGCUAUGUACAUCUGUACGGUCAAGGACAAAGCCGCAGGGGCCCUGCUUUCAGGGUGCCCUUCGCGGCGCUUCUGGAGGCGAAUUGUUAUCCUCUAAUCGACCGAUUCAUGUCCCAAGAUAUCAGCAAGCCGAGUGGUCAGGCUCAACGCGAUGACCAUGAGCCGGCGAGCUAUUUCAGCCGCUCCCAAAGACAUAGCCGCAUUGAACUCUUCAUACCAGCUCCGCCCCAUUCAGACAAACACCAGGCGUACAACUAUCAUCUCGCAACUCGCAACUUCUUCGCCUUCAUCUUCCGCAGGUCAAUGGUUGGAGAGAGCCUCGGCUCUGCUCUAAUCACCCUCAUGCAUAGCUUGCACGAGUUUCGCACCGAGGAUGUGGACAUUGUCCAGGACAUGAAGAGUUAUCUGGACGAAGAGGGUUAUCUCCACUUGAAAACUCAGCCAUCCCAUGCGCUAGCGAUAUUGCAUCUUGCCGAGGUAUUCCAGUUGAGAGAGCUCUACAUUGACGCAUUCGCUCAUUGCUGUGGCAUGAGCGACCAAUUAUUUCUGGGCCCCGAAUACCAGCUCCUCACUUCAGUUACACGCAAGCUCAUCCGCCGCGCACGUGUUGAAAUGGACCUGAGGUUAGGACAGAGCGGCCGUAUGCUGAGGACGUUUCUUCAGGACGAGCUGUCGGAGGCAUAUCUGGGUCUAUACCCUGGCGCGCGGGCACAUCUCGAGCGAUUCCGAACCUUACUGCACGGACUGUAUGCCGCCCGUUUCGGCUACUACCCGCCUGCAUCCAUUGAUCCACGUACGACGGUGUUCGAAGUAGACGUCUUCCGCACGAUGCGAACCGACUUUGAGGCUCUCUACCAGUACCUGGUCGACGAGAGCUUUGAUACGUCCCACAACAGCCCCUUUCUGGCUCAGGGCGGUAUCUGCACGCUUCAGAGUGUUCAGUCGUUCGAUACGAGACACAAUUUCCAGACCCUUUACCACCCACUUCCACUUCUUCCCCAGGUGGCUCCACAGAGUACAUCAUCGCGAAAGGUUGCCUGGCUAAGCAAGCAGAUGAAGGCAACCCAGGCCCAACGUGCAAAUACACAUACAGCCUUGUUAAAGGCCACAAACCAGGGUAGAGGCGACUUGUUGAACAACGAGCUGGUCAGAGCUUACCGCAAGUUUGAAGAGGAUUCGACAUUCUCGCCUAUCAAGGCAGACAAGUUGGAGAAUCUCGGACCCAUGGAUGCCCGCAAAGUCCGGUGGAUCUUGGUCUACGCAGUCUACCAGACACUGCGACAGGCAACCGAGCCGCCAGCUGAGGUCAAAGACGCGACUGAUGUUCCGUACAAUGUCUGCAUUUCGACCACUCACUUGCCCCCUUGGAAGGAAGAGCGACCUGUACGUACUCUGGUCAGACGGCAGUCAGACCAGAUGAUCACUCGCAACCCAUCUACUUCGACUGCGGGACGGAGCUCGAAAGUAUCCACGCCUCCUCCUCCUUCUACACCUACCUAUGAAAUCAAACCCGACAUUGACUACUUCGCCCUUGUGCACCAGCCUGUAACAGAAAGCAAGGACAGAAGAACAGCUAUCACAAGACGCAUAAGCCGGACCGAGAGCAUUACUCGCUCUCUCUCGCGAAACUCGACUGUUCGACGAUCAAUCGGGUUCCUCAGAAAGCAGCAGCCAGAAACGAUGGCUCAUCACCAUCCCCUCACACCAUGCUACCAUGAGAUCGUUAUUAAAUCAUAUGGCAAUGGAACCAAUGACGCAGAGGACAUCACACCAACCGUACGGACACCACGAAAGACGAUGCAUCCGAUGGCCGAAGUGCUCCCAAGACUGUCCACCUCAGACGAAUCUGCCGACUCGAGCAAUUCCUACAACUCUGAGGGAGCUAGCUCGCAGACUUCAAACACGUCGGGUGCCGCCAGUCCCACCGAGUCAUUUCAUUUCUCAUGGGACAGCCGACCGAGCAGCGUCUGUGUCUGUGGGCCCAAGAGUCAUGCCCAUGCGGAAGUGCCCAACUCCACCCAUCCCGAUAUCGACAGGUCCCCUACAUUGCACCAGGACAACGCGUCCGGCAUACCCAGCAUUUCUUUGCCCUUUCAGCGACGUCCUAACAGCGUACACUGCGGAGCCCUCAAGAUAAUGGAGCCCCUACCUCUUAACAUUCGCAAAGCCAACACGUUCGCACCCGACCUCUCCCUCGAAAUGCCUUCCCCGCGGACCCCCACAUCCUGGGAUUACAUCAAGGCCGUCAUGGAGGUAAAGGCCACGAAUAUGUUGGACGAGAUCCAUCCCGAAUGGGAGCAGUACACUGAUCUCGGUGGACAUACGCCAAUCAAGUCUGCAGUGACCACCCCGGAUCACUCCAUAUUCAAAAGAAACUCAUUCAAAAGGGCUUCGACGAUGUACUAG